UGUCAGCUGAACCCUCCUCUUCCAAUCAUCACGGACGCCGCCGCCGGGGUCGCCCUCCCAAGACCCCCAAACACGAACCUUCCAUCACCGCCACCAGUGCCAAAACCCUAGCGAUGCCGGUUCCGCCGAUGGCUAAUGGCGCUGUGGCUGCGGCGAUGAUUAAUGCGGAGAGUGCGGUGGCGAGGGGUGUUCCUGCCAUGGACGCGGUGGUGAAGGUUUUUUGUGUUCAUACUGAACCGAACUUCUCGCUGCCGUGGCAGAGAAAACGGCAGUAUAGUUCGAGUAGUAGUGGCUUUGUUAUCAAGGGAAGGAGGGUGUUGACGAAUGCGCAUUCUGUGGAGCACUACACGCAGGUUAAGUUGAAGAAGAGGGGUUCAGAUACGAAAUACGUGGCUACUGUGCUUGCAAUUGGGACAGAGUGCGAUAUAGCUCUGCUUACAGUAGAUGAUGAUGAGUUCUGGGAAGGGGUGUCACCUGUAGAGUUUGGGGAUCUGCCUGCACUUCAAGAUGCUGUUACUGUUGUGGGGUACCCAAUUGGGGGUGACACAAUCUCUGUAACAAGUGGGGUUGUGUCACGAAUAGAAAUUCUUUCAUAUGUCCAUGGAUCAACUGAACUUCUGGGCUUGCAGAUAGACGCCGCUAUCAACUCAGGUAAUUCUGGGGGACCUGCUUUUAAUGACAAAGGAAACUGUGUGGGCAUUGCCUUCCAAUCACUCAAGCAUGAGGAUGUGGAGAAUAUUGGUUAUGUUAUUCCAACACCAGUCAUCAUGCACUUUAUCCAAGAUUAUGAGAAGCAUGGAACGUAUACUGGAUUUCCGAUUCUUGGGGUUGAGUGGCAGAAGAUGGAAAAUCCAGACUUGCGGUUGUCCAUGGGGAUGAAACCUGAUCAAAAGGGUGUACGUAUAAGAAGAAUCGAUCCCACUGCUCCAGAGUUCAAGGUUUUGAAACCAUCAGAUAUCAUCCUUAGCUUUGAUGGGGUUGAUAUAGCUAAUGAUGGAACAGUCCCAUUUAGGCAUGGAGAACGCAUUGGUUUUAGCUAUCUUGUGUCCCAGAAGUACACUGGUGAUAAUGCUGCCAUUGAAGUGCUUCGUAAUUCUGAAACUCUUAAGUUCAACGUCAAACUUGGCACACACAGAAGGCUCAUUCCAGCUCACAACAAGGGCAGGCCUCCUUCAUAUUAUAUUGUUGCUGGAUUUGUUUUUACAACUGUUUCCGUUCCAUAUCUCCGUUCUGAGUAUGGAAAAGAUUACGAGUAUGAAGCUCCAGUCAAGUUGUUGGACAAACUCUUGCAUGAAAUGCCACAAUCACCCGAGGAACAAAUAGUUGUUGUUUCUCAGGUGCUUGUGGCUGACAUCAACAUUGGAUAUGAGGACAUUGUUAAUACUCAGGUUCAUGCCUUUAAUGGUAAGCCUGUGAAGAAUCUGAAGAGCUUGGCUCAUAUGGUGGAGAACUGUGAUGAUGAAUAUUUGAAAUUUGAUCUGGAAUACCAACAGAUUGUUGUGCUCCGAACAAAGAAUGCAAAAGCAGCAACCUUGGACAUUCUUUCCACCCACUGUAUACCCUCAGCCAUGUCAGAUGAUCUCAAGACAUGAAUAAGUUGAUAACAUCACCUGGAAUAUGUCUAUUGGUUACCGCAAUGCGAUACUUCGCCAGACAAGUUUUUCUGCCAUCUUUAUUUUCUUGUGGACAUUAAUGUCCAUUAUUAAAGUAAUAGGCCAUAAAAAUCAUACUCCAAAUUUAAAGGUACCUAGUUAAGUAAUUUGUCAAGGGACUCUUAGAGUCGCUUGGGUCGACUUCUUAGUGAGAGAUUAACUCGCUACCUGUGACUGGCGGUACUUUUCUAUUCAACUAUUUGACUCAUCCUGCGCAAUCUUUAUUAUUACUGCCUUCUUUGUCUAUCUGGUUUCCUUUCUUGUGUAUUUGGUGCGUUGGACAUGUGGGGCUUGCGGCCUCCUGUUUUGCUACUGAAAUUUCAAUGUGAAAGAUGUUAUUUAGUUUCUGACUU